AUGAACGAAAAGAACGAAGAAUUGGAAACAUUCCUUGACAUUUGCAAUGAAAAACAAUUUUUGAAUGUUAAUUUUGUUGAAUACGAAUUUGUUACUAAGCUGUUUAAUUUCAUUCAAGUCAAGCAUAGUUUGUGUCUCGAGGGAUUGAAUUCGAUUAACAUGACUGAAAGUUUUCUUUUAUCCAACAAGUUGUAUCCACAAAGCAUAAAACUAUCAGAAUCAAUAAAAGACGCAAUUGGUGAUUGCAAGUUCAAACCAAUCGCGAAGGAAACUUUAACAAUUCCCGUCUUGCAAUCGAAUGUAAUUAAAUCUGAAACAUUUUUCAAAAUUGCCGGUGUUUGUUCGACUAUCAUGUGGGACUCUGAUGGAAUGCCGAAGAUAACAGUCAACAACAUUUUGAUUUGUUACAUAUCAUUAAGUCGAUAUUUAUUAAUUUGUGACGAUGCAUCUGAAUUAAGCUUCAAAUUGAUUGAAAAGGAAGAAAAUUUGUUGUUUGAGUUCGUUUAUUACGACAAAUUGUCAGAAUGGAUUUCUGCCUUUUGUAAAGCUGUUGAUGCUGUUGUCGUAGAUGUUAAAAGCAAAGUUGAUCAAUAUCCACAGGAGAAGCAUUCAUGGGCUAUUCCAAUCAUGUGGAUGUAUUUCUUAUACUUCAAAACCUUCGAUGAUGACAACUUGAAGACUUAUUUGUUUCAACAAUACAAAUAUAUUUGCGAAGAAUUAUUUUAUGAAACUCCUUCAACUACUUUACCUGAUAAUCUUCUUCCAAAUCUUUUACGUGUACAAAAGAUUAAUAUUAUUUUAUCAAGCAGAUUCUAUGUCCGACAACAAGGUUUCUUCAACAUUUGUUUAAUGAAGGAAGAAGAACAUGAAUACCUGCAACAUAUCGGUGAUCGUCUGUUCAAACUUUGUGCUUGGACAGAUAUGAAACAUAUUCAAAUCAUCAUCAAAUACAUCAUCGAAGCAGUGCCAGAAGUUAUGAGCUUACAAUUAAUGGCGCCUUUGCUUCCGAUUAUCAAUGAAAUGAUUAAUUUUCUUAACACAAUUGAUGUGAAAGAUCGGCCGUACAUUCGUUUUUUGAAGAAUCUUGAAGAGUGCCAAUCAAUUCUUCCUCAACAUGUGCAAGCAUUAACUUAUGUUGCUGUAUUGAUUGGAGAGAAAUUGGACUCGUCAUUCAAAGGUUUCGUAAAACCAAAAGUUGACAGUUCAAUUAUUACUGUCGGUGACGCAGUCUUGCGGUACAUUCAACUGCUUGAUCGUAAAGGACUUACGGAAUUGUUGCUGAAUUCAUCUCCAUGCCUCAAUUUAAAAGCAAGAAAAUUUUUACUUGCCAAAAUUGGAGUGUUACAAAAACAAUUAAAGGAUCAAAGACAAGACCUGCUGUUAAAACAUUGGCUUAUCGUUAGGAUUUACUCAGUCAACACUAUAACUUGCAGUCGUCAAGAGCUUUCCUCAAAAUUUCCACAACAAAACCAAAAUUUAGUAUCAAAUAACAUUUAA